AUGCUGCUUACCACAGAGCUGUUCGAGCAGAUUAUUCGAGAGAGAUUACUGCCUGACCUCGUCCAAGUCGAGGAUAUGUCCGGCGGGUGCGGGCAAGCGUUUGCCGUCGUGAUUGUGCUGGACUCGUUCAAAGGCAAAAACAAGCUUGCUCGCCACCGCAUGGUCAACCAGGCGUUGAAGGAAGAGAUCGAAUCAAUCCACGCGUUCACCCAGAAGGGGUUCACCCGGGAAGAGUGGGAAAAGGAAGGGGGCAAGGUGUAA